AUGAUGUGCACUACUUUUUUCUUUAUUUUUUUUUUUCUGCCUAUCUUUUUCACAUUUAAUCAAAAAGUCGCGUGUGUGUGUGUGUGUGUGUGUGUGUGUGUGUGUGUUUGGUGGUGGUGGCUAAACAAAUUUGUUAUUUUUUGUAAGGUCGUGUGGGAAUGGCAAAUCAAACGUCACUUGGCAAUAGUACAACCGAGUAGAAUAACUUUUGCAGCACAAAAGUUUUUUUUUUUUUUUGGGGAGAAAGCAUCGAUCUAUCUAUCUAUCUAUCUUCUUGGUGUAUUUCUGACUCAACUCGUAUCAAUUAACCCUCUCCUUCCUCUAACAUCAGUAUAA